CGAGCAAACGUCAAAGUUAGUGUGAGUAAACCAAAACCGAAGUUUUGUUCAGGAUUCCUUUUUAUUUCCUGAUUCUGGAUCCAAUUUUGUUUACAAAGUCAAACGUUCAACAUGAGGCGACGAGCAGGAGUUGGUGCUAUUCAGAAGCAAAAGCUUGAGCAAGAGAAAUACCGAGAAAAGGGCUCGGAAAUACAAGAGAACCAGUUUCAACAAAUGUCGCGACAAUUGGAAGUGUUUAGGGAAAACCUGGAAGAGUUUGCGACGAAGCAUAAGAGUGAAAUCAAGAAGAAUGCUCAAUUCAGGCGUCAGUUCCAGGAGAUGUGUGCUGCGAUCGGUGUAGACCCUUUGGCAUCGGGAAAAGGGUUUUGGUCUGUACUAGGUAUUGGUGACUUCUACUAUGAGUUAGGUGUGCAAAUCGUAGAAGUUUGUCUCGCAACAAACUAUAAGAAUGGUGGACUCAUCACUCUUGAAGAGCUGAGGACCCGACUAAUAGCAGCCAGGGGCAAAGCAAAGAAACAUCAAGAUAUAACUAAUGAAGAUCUCUUAGCAGCUGUUAAAAAACUUAGGAUAUUUGGCAAUGGGUUCUCUGUGGUGCCUAUUGGCAAAGGAAAAUGGUUAGUUCAGUCAGUGCCAGGUGAAAUGAACCUAGACCAAACUUUAGUUCUCCAGAAAGCUAGUUCAUUGGGGACAGCAUGGGUGUCAGCCAGUAUUCUAACUGAUGACCUUGGAUGGAACGACACAAGAGCACAGAAUGCUUUGAAUCACAUGGUCAAGGAAGGCUUAGCCUGGGUUGACACGCAGGAAACUAAAGAGACAUUGUAUUGGUUUCCAAGCAUGUUUGCUGAGUGUGUUUCUGCAUAAUAUUUUUUAAUACAUUGUUGUGAUCACUGCCUAUUGUUCAUGCAAGCAAAAAAAAUCUGUAUUUUUAUAGAGAGAGAUGCUGUAUCCAACAAUGAUUUUUUUGCAUUGAUGGGCAGUUUUUAUAGUAAUGGUAUGUUAUUCGUUAUUGUUAAGCUGUAUAAAAUUUAAUAUGUUUAUAAUGUUACUA